AUGAAAACACUACGCCGUCGACAUAAACACACCAUCUCUCCGAGGCAUCGUCCUACAAUCUCUGCUUCAACACCACCGCAUCACCAUACCCGGCGUGCCACAGCAACACCAUUCACGAGCGGCCACGAGUGGGAAGACUUGCGCAAAGACUAUCCUGCUCAGGAGCAUACAACAGUUGCGGCUUACAGAUUCAACAAGACGACAGGUCGCAAAGCAAGAACAACAAGAUCAGGUUCAUCUUCACAUCAUCCAUUGUUCUUGCCGCAAAUAUUCGUUCCGAAGCCGAAGGAUAUGCGUACAGAAACAAAUCGAAGGAAUCUGCAUUACGUACUGUUAAGGGCAGAUUGA